AAAUAAGUAAAUAUGUUUAAAAAUCAUGAAAAAACCAUAUGUGCUUUGUUUUGAUAUGAUGGUGGGCUAUGACUAAGAGAGAGAGUCAUGCAGGCUAAUAAUGCGGUACUAGCAGUUAAAUAUCUAUGUUCUCAGUCACAAUUUACUUUUUUCUCACAUUAUCUUUCAACCUCAAUUGAUAAGAAAUAUUGUCAAGUUCAGUCAGUUCGUUAAAACAUACAAGAGUAUUGGGAGAGGUGUGCCGAUACAGUCAGUCAGUCAAAUUCAGUGAUAGGUGCUGAUUUUUAAUUUAUAGAAAUUAUAAAUAAAAAAAUUGGCAAAAUAAAAGAACAAAGCACAAUUAAUAAAACGGGGAAAAGUUAUGAGUUGUAGACCAAGUCACUUGAUUCGAUAAAGGCAACUUUCGAAUACUCAGUCAAUGUUUAGCGACAAAGCAAACAUAUUUACACCAGCAUUGAGGCAUUUUAAUUGAUUUUUGCUUGCAACAAAAUUUUGAUAAAAAUUUUAAAAACCAAAUUGAAGAGACAAUGUUUAAACAAUAAAAAUGUGUUUAAUAUUUGAAUAAGUUCGAGAAAAUUUUACCACGCAAACAAACAAUUCGAAUAAGUAAUACUAAUAGGAGAAGUUACUAUGGCUUUGACGAGUAAUACACCAAACGUAACACCAGAUCACAACUUCUAUGUGUCACUCGGUUCUGUAGGCGUGUUGCUGUGCAUGAUUGUUUCAUUGUUAGGAAUCAAAAUUUGGUGGUUCAAACAUCGCCUAACAUUUGACCAAAAUUCCACAAGGAACGGCGCCGCUGGCGGUGGCCCACCAAGUGUUGUAUCACGACCACGAAGCUCGAGGGAUAAGCGAUUUUCCCAACAGAUUGAUGAACCUGUUACAGUGCACGGAGUUUUUCGUAAAAGACAAGAAGAUGAAUUACUAAUAGAACGACCCACACGACUGCCACCGAUUCGCGUACGAGAGCUAUCACAAAGCACACCAUCUCUGUUUGUGCCCCCCGCACCACGUAAAUGCGAAGAAGACAAAACUUCACUUCAUAUUAACGACAAAAAGUUGCAGUAUGAAGAACCAAAGAUGCCAUCCUUACCGACAACACCUAUACCAGAUAUAGCAGUAAUGAAGGAAGCUGAUAUACAGUUUCCAAACAUGCUUCCAGCAAGCCGAGCAAGUGAAGAAAAUUUUGAGAAGAUCGUAGUUAAUGAAAUAAAAUUAGAGGUACCCAAACCACCGCCACGUUUAACUAGACAAACAUCAGACAAUGAUCGCAGCAAUGGUCACAAAUUUGUCAAAAUGAAACCAGCACCAGAAAAUGAAAGCAAACGACUAAUGCAUCGCAGACCAACUGGUUAUCUACCGCCAGAUGAAGACGAACUAUUAGCUAUGCAAAACAAUAUGAAAGCUUUUGGCGAAACCAAUACAAGUAAUGAACAAUUUGGUGAACGUCGCCCCACUGGUUACAUUAAAUAUGAAGAAUUCGAUGUUGAGGGUUUAGAAGCUUAUCAAGAAAAUUGGGAUAAUUCCGUUGUAAAUCUAAGUCAGGAGGAUUUUCAAUUUGAAAACAACUUUACUGAACAAAAACCAAUUUUUAUUAAAAACGGAAGACUUACAGAGUUGCCUGAUAGCAUGGAAAACGACCAAGAAAUCCAAAUCACUGAUCUAACUGAUGGCAGUUUGAAAGGAAAAGAGAAUGAGAUAAAUUACUUUGAAGUUACAAAGGAACAGUUGAGUGCUCCAUUAAAUAUUCAAGAUGAAUUUUUGGAAAAUCGCACUGAAAAUGCAAAAUUAAAAUUCGAAUUAAAUUCUACUGAAAUUAAAAAAGACAAAUAUAAAACGCCAAAUUCUCCAAAUAUCACAGAAGUCGAAGAAGAUUUUAGCAAGGAUGCGAGUAGUUCAGUUUACAAUGAAAACAAUGACAACACAUCGAGUGGGACUGUAGAAUAUUCAAGUACAGGAAAUGUGAAUAAGAAAGUAUCCUUUGAAGUGGUUGACGAUGAAUCUGAUGAUGAUGGUAAAGAUACAAUAAAAAUACGUAGACCUACUGGAUACGUAAGAAACCAAGAAAUUUUAUUAGAAAAUGUUGAUACUGCUAGUAUUUCUAGUGAUAAUAGUGAUGAUAGAAAACGCGUGUUUAUUGCAAAGCCAAAUGAAAAUAUUAAAGUUCAGAAAGAAUAUGUUACCAGCUCAGUACUGAAAACCAGCGCACAUAGUACAAAUGAGAGUCACAUGUGGUUGGAAAUGGAAAAGGAUAUAGAAAACAGUGUUGCAAGCAAUUUCGAGGAGGAGUUUAUAAAAAUACGUCAGUCGUACGAAGAGAACGAGGGUGACUUUUUAGAGAUUCAAGAGGAAACUGUAACCACGCCACAAGGCUUUGGAAAAAGUAUUGAUGACGAUUGGGAAAAUUUUAAAUAUUUAGAAAACACGACUAAUAAAAUAGUUUAUUCAGAUUCUGAAAGAAUUAAUAAAACAACAAUAAGCGUUAAAGAUUCUAAUGACCAACGUAAUGUUAAAUUUGAUUUGCCAAACUAUGAUGAAAAUGAAGAAAUAGAAACAUCUUUACGUACUCAGAGACGAGCUACUGGCUAUAUAACAAAUAUUGAGGAGUUAUACCAAGAAUUAGAUUUAAAUGACAUCAAAAAUUAUGAACACGACACUAAAGUCAGAUUCAAUAUUGAUGAUAUGCAUGAAGUUCAAGAAAACAGAACCAAAAACAUUGGUAUCAAAGAACGCAGGCCAACUGGCUUAGUCAAAUACGAUUUAAGCAAUGAAAGUGAUCUUAGUGAUGACUGUGAAGGUGAGGAGCAAGUGAAAAAUGUGGAGCCAAUACGUAAAGCAAAACCACGUCAAAAGGUAACCUUUGAUUUCAAUACAGAGGAAUACAUCUUACCAGCAUAUUCACCACAAAGUGAAUCUGAAUUCGAACUACCACCAGAGCUGCCGAAACCAAUGGAACGUAUAACAAAAACUCGUUACACAGAAGAAACAACUAGAACAGCACCCAUAUCUCCACUACUUUUUAGCUCACAAAUAUCAAUAGAAGACACUGAAUCUUCAAAUCUGAACGAUAGUUGGUCAGCAAUACGUAAGCAUCGAAAUUUAACAGAAGAAUUUCAACACUUAUCUUUUAAUCGAGAACCUGUAGAGCCGCCAAAGCCAGCAUUUCGCAAUCCACUAGCACAAAUGCAAAAAACCAACGAAUCCAAUCCACAGAAAGAAGCACUUUAUGCUAAGCCACGUACAAUGCGGGAUAUGAAAAAAGCAAAAAUACAGCAAGAAGUGACACAAUUAGAAUUAAACGAUGAUAAAUGUGCUACCAGCAUGACUGAAGCUUGAGAUACUUUUAUUAAAGUCAGAUUUUCAAUGUUUUUUAGAAAUAAUUAAGCCUUCUUAGUUGCAUUAAAAAAUUAAUA